AAAUCUUUGUAAAUUCACAACACUUCAUUCUCACAUUCAUCUACUAAUUAAUCAACUUUGUUUGUUCUCAUUAUUGUCACAUGGUUACCAAUAAUCAAAUGCAUUAUUUUUCAUUCACAUUUGUUCUUUGCUUGGGAUUGUGGGCUUUUCAAGCCACGUCUCGCAAUCUACAAGAUGACUCUAUGCAUGAGAGGCAUGAACAAUGGAUGGGACAAUAUGGAAAAGUUUACAAGAAUGCAAAAGAAAGGGAAAAACGUUUUGGAAUAUUUAAGGAAAAUGUGAAUUACAUUGAAGUUUCCAACAGUGUUGGAAAUAAAUCUUACAAACUAGGUAUUAAUGAAUUUGCUGAUCUCACCAACCAUGAGUUUGUAGCAUCUAGAAACAAAUUCAAUGCUUAUUUAGAUGGCUCAAGCACAAAGACAACUACUUUUAAGUACCACAAUGUGAGUGCAGUACCAUCCACAGUGGAUUGGAGACUAGAAGGAGCAGUGACACCUGUGAAAGAUCAAGGUCAAUGUGGAUGUUGUUGGGCGUUUUCUGCUGUUGCAUCAACGGAAGGAAUUCAUAAGUUGAGUACAGGAAAUUUAGUCUCUUUAUCAGAACAAGAACUUGUUGAUUGUGACACAAGUGGUGAAGACCAAGGUUGUGAGGGUGGACUUAUGGAUGAUGCUUUCAAAUUCAUCAUUCAAAAUAAUGGACUAAACACUGAAGCUGAAUAUCCUUAUCAAGGUGUUGAUGGAACAUGCAAUACAAAUGAAGAAGGCAAUCAUGUUGCUACCAUUUCUGGAUAUGAGGAUGUCCCUGCUAAUGAUGAGCUAGCACUACAAAAAGCUGUGGCUAAUCAACCAAUUUCUGUAGCUAUUGAUGCUAGUGGCUCUGACUUUCAAUUUUACUCAAGUGGUGUGUUUACUGGUUCUUGUGGAACCGAGUUGGAUCAUGGUGUUGCUGUUGUAGGUUAUGGUGUUAGUGAAGAUGAGAUUGAAUAUUGGUUGGUUAAGAACUCAUGGGGAAUUAAAUGGGGUGAAGAAGGGUACAUUAGGAUGCAAAGGGGUGUGGAUGCUUUAGAAGGACUUUGUGGCAUUGCAAUGCAAGCAUCUUAUCCAACUGCAUAAUUAUAGAAUUGAGAUACCAUUAUUUCUAAAUUAUAUAUAGUUCUAAUGUAUUUUCUUAUGCACCUCAUAUCUUUCUCUCAUAAUUUGUUUAUGACUUGAAUGUAUCAUCUACAUGAAUUGUUGUACUUAUCAAUUACUAUGUACAAUGAAAAAUGAGUCAUUUUUAUUAUAAA